CAGGUGUGUUUAUUUCUGACAGAGUUUUAUUAAACGUCACCAAUAUAUACAAAUUUAAAAAUGUUUUAUUAAUUCCGGGCUGCAGAUUCUUCUGUCGGAGUUGCUGCACAUGUGGAUAAUUGAGUAAAAAAGUUAGGAAAAACGUGGCUCUAUUACAGUUUCUAUCAUUUGAAUAAACAAAAACGAUUUAAAAUUAGGCAUAAUGUCAAUACCAGGCAAUGGGAUUUAUGUGGUCCGUGGUGAAAUGACCACAAUAAUGACGGCCAUGCGACGUGGUACACGUUGGAAUGCGACAGCUUACGUGGACGAAGAGAAGGAUAGUUUAUUAAAGCUUUUUAUUGAUCUGAAACAAAUUUUGAAUCGAAAAAAUGACUUACGCGUGAUAGAACCAAACGUUUUUCUAACGCCUUUCCUGGAAAUCAUACGUACUGCAGAUACUACUGGUCCUCUAACUAGUCUGGCUCUGGCUUCAAUAAACAAAUUUUUGUCCUAUGGCUUGAUAGACCCAACCACACCCAACCUGCCUGUCAUUGUAGAAAUGGUAGCAGACGCUGUAACACAUGCACGCUUCAUGGGCACAGACCAGUCUUCUGAUAGUGUUACAUUUAUGCGCGUCAUCGAGGUGUUGCACACUUUAAUACGAAGUCCAGAAGGCGCUGCUGUUAGUAAUGAAUCCAUGUGUGAAGUGAUGCUUAGUUGUUUUAAGAUUUGCUUCGAGCCUCGACUAAGUGAGCUACUACGACGUUCUGCAGAGCAGUCUCUUAAAGAUAUGGUUCUACUCUUCUUCGUGCGCCUGCCUCAAUUUACAGAGGAGCCAAGCGAAACGGGGCUUCAGAAACGCUUUAAUAUUUCCAAUGCAGCAGGGGCCAGUACUAGCACUUCGCCUGCACACAAGGCAUUACAAGUGUCACGAAAUCAAUCCAUGGAAGUAUCGGAAAUCAAAAAAACGCAGUUUGUGUAUUCUAAGCCUGAUGAACCGCAAACUCCGCAGUGCAAUCUUCUAAGGCCAACACAUCGAAAAGUGUCAAUUUUAGCAACAACGCCAGCAACGCCAGCGGGCAAUGUUUUAGAUAUGCAGGGCAAGAUCACACAAACACCUACUACGUUCGACGGGAUAAAUGAUAUUGUUAAAAGUAGUGAAACCGCAAUGCCCGCUAUAUUUGCAGACAAGUCGGAAACUAGGGAUACAAUCAUGUCAACAGAACCUGAUGGAAGCUUCUACUCUGGUAUUGACAUUCCCGGGACUAUCAGUAGCGAGUAUAUAAACUCUGUGGGUGUCCGUUUUACACAACAGCCGUUGGUGGAGGACCCGACAGCCUUGUCUGCUUCACUAACGCCUUAUGGGCUGCCUUUUAUUCAAGAGCUCUUUAGGUUUCUCAUAAUUCUUUGCAAUCCACUGGAUAAACAGAACUCUGACAACAUGUUGCAUACUGGUCUUAAUCUACUCAUCGUUGCCUUCGAAGUCGGCGCUGACAAUAUUGGCAAAUACCAAGCCUUGCUUCAAUUGGUUAAGGACGAUUUGUGUAGGAAUUUGUUAUCGCUGCUCAGCUCAGAACGCCUGAGUAUUUUUUCUAUCAACUUGCAGCUUUGUUUUCUGAUUUUUGAGUCACUCCGUGGCUAUUUAAAAUUUCAGUUGGAAGCUUAUCUAAAAAAGCUCAGUGAGAUAAUUACCAGUGAUAAUCCGAGGACACCGUAUGAGAUGAGAGAGUUAGCGCUUGAAAAUUUGUUUCAGCUGUGGCGAAUACCGGGCUUUGUCCCUGAGCUAUACAUAAACUACGACUGCGAUCUGUACUGCACUGAUAUGUUUGAGAGCCUUACCAAUAUGUUAUCUAAAUACACAUUAUCGGCAACGAAUGUUGUGUACAGCACGCACAUUAUAUCCAUGGAUACGCUGAUCGGCGUUAUAGAUAUCAUAGAACGCAACUGUAUGGCGGCCAAGAGUAAUAUCGAUAAAGUUACCGAGACUCAUGCGCUUCAGACUAGCAGCUGUCGCCACUCUCGUCAUAGUUCGGGACUUGAAGGAAUUAUAAUUGAAGGCGGUACAGCGGAGACGCCGGUCUUCAAUGAGGAGCGACAACAGUUUUCUAUAGAGAAGAUAUCAAAUUUGAUUAGCAACAGUCCAAGACGACUACGCUUGCAACUUAGCAGUGAACAAAUAACUAGCAAACAAUUAAUCGAAGUUAAGCAAAAGAAGAUAUUGCUCUCGCAAGGUACAGAACGCUUUAAUCAGCGACCUGAAAAGGGCAUUCAAUAUCUGCAAGAGCAUGGUAUACUUAACAAUCAUUUAGAUCCCAUGCAAGUAGCCUUAUUUUUGCGCGAGAACCCCGGACUGGAUAAAAAAAUGAUUGGCGAAUACAUCUCAAGAAAAAAAAACGUGGACUCAAAGAUUCUAAUUAAUUUCGUAGAUUCUUUCGACUUCACCGGUCUGAGAAUAGAUGAAGCACUGCGGCUUUAUUUAGAAACAUUUCGAUUACCUGGCGAGGCGCCAUUAAUAUUUCUUGUGCUCGAGCAUUUUUCUGAUCAUUGGCACAAACAAAAUAAUGAGCCGUUCGCUAACACUGACGCUGCUUUUCGGUUGGCCUAUGCUAUAAUAAUGCUGAACAUGGAUCAACAUAACUUAAAUGCAAAGCGUCUCAACGUACCCAUGACGUUAGAGGAUUUCACGAAAAAUCUUCGCGGACUAAAUGGGGGUAACGAUUUUGAUCAGGACCUUUUAGCUCUGAUAUUUAACGCUAUUAAAAACGAGGAGAUUGUUAUGCCGGCCGAGCAAACGGGCUUGGUACGUGAAAACUACCUAUGGAAAGUGUUGUUACGACGUGGUGCUACAAAUGACGGGCGCUUCCAGUAUGUACAUAAUGCAGCCUAUGAUAUUGAAAUCUUCAAUAUUGUAUGGGGCGCUUCACUGAGUGCCUUGAGUUUUAUGUUUGACAAAAGCACUGAGAUGGGGUAUCAAAGUGCGCUGUCAGGAUUCAUCAAAUCUGCUGCUAUCUCCGCCCAUUAUAAUCUUCACGCCGACUUCGAUGCACUUAUACUAACACUUUGUAAAUUCACUACGCUUUUGAAUACAGUGGAGCAACAUGAGCCAACACCACCAAACAAUGGUAUAGUCCAUGCUGUCAAUUUUGGAUUGAAUGCCAAGGCACAGGCUGCCAUGAGGACAGUGUUCGUACUAGUGCAUGAAUACGGCGAUUGCUUGCGUGAAAGCUGGCGCCAUAUUUUGGAUUUGUUUCUUCAACUGUUUCGGCUUAAAUUGCUGCCAAAAUCACUUAUAGAAGUGGAGGAUUUCUGUGAAGUGAAUGGAAAGGCUUUAUUGAUAUUAGAAAAACCUCGCGAAAAACAAGAGUCUGGUCUGUUUUCCAGCUUGUACUCCUAUCUCAGCUCAGAGGGUCAACGUGAGCCUACAUACGAGGAGCAGGACUUCAUUAAGCACGGCCGCAAAUGCAUUAAUGAAUGUAAUUUAGAUCAAAUGUUGGAUGAGUCCAAGUUUAUACAACUUGAGUCACUGGAGGAGUUGCUAAAGUGCUUGUUGUCGCUGUUAAGAACACCUAAUGCGCACAAGUCGAUUGGUGUACCAUAUUCGGAAGAUGUGACCGUUUUUUGGAUGGAAUUUCUUGUUAAGAUUGUGGUUCACAAUCGAGACCGCAUGAUUUUGCUAUGGCCAGCAGUUCGCGAUCACUUGUAUCAGCUGCUUCUGGCCAGCGCCUCUUGCGGGUACGAUUACCUACUAAAUCGUUGCAUUGUAGCUGUGCUAAAAGUAGCUAUAUACUUGAUGCGAAACGAAGAGCUCUGCCCAAUUGUGUUGCAGUCUCUUAAAAUGGUACUCGUACUGAAGCCUACGGUUUUGCUGAGUAUCUCAAAACAAAUUUCGGUUGGAAUCUAUGAACUGCUUAAGACUUCAGCACAGAACAUACACUCGGGUCAAGACUGGCAGAUCAUUUUUACCAUCCUGGAAUGUGUGGGAGCGGGUGCUAUGCCACCAACCUUCGAAGAUACAGCACUGCCGAUACCUUCUGCUAUCCAUAGUGGGACCAAGUCGGACGGAGCCUUAAGCAGCGAAGAUGAUGGCGCGGUGCUAGAGCGUGGCUAUACAUCCGAUUCGGAAUUGAGCAUGAAACAGCAACUGCAUGAAAAGAAGGCAAAAAAUUCAAGCCCGACUGCUGAGAAUUGGAUAUUGAUAAGCAGAGAUAGCGAGCUGGCAUCGCCCUCUAGACCGCAAUCACCACCUAAUUCAGGCACUACUACAAGCUCAUCGCUUAUUUUUAACUGCAAGCUGCAAGAACAUUCGCCCUUUGCUCUUUUCAAAUGUUGGGACUCAUUAGCCUUUAUUGUGCGCAGCGUAGCUCACAUAACGCCAUACAAUUUUGAAGCCUGUGUUCGUUGCAUUCGAAUCUUCGUCGAGGCUUCUAGAGAUGGAGGCGUACGUCAACGCCGAAAAUUGGAAACUGUCUAUGCAGCACCGACAAAACGGAGGACAAACAAAAAGGUGCCACCAAAGCGCGGUGAACGCAGCGCCACACACAAGCAAGGGCCUGGAAGCCCUAUCGCGGCAACUUCUAGCUGUAAUUUGGCUUCCCUCGGGUCCGUUGAUGUCAGCGAUAUUAUGCCCAACGAAGAGGAUGAGGACUUAGCACAGCGAUAUGAACAACUUUCCAUACAGCUGCUCGACCUAAUGUACACGCUUUACACGCGCACUGCCCAAAUUUUUCGCUGGUGGGCUGAAGAGGGUUCCACUGCACAGCAGGCAGAAUCACUUUGGUCCCCCGGUUGGUGUCCCCUGCUGCAGGGCAUCGCUCGUCUGGCCAUGGAUAGACGACGCGAAGUACGCACCCAUGCUAUAUCCUGCUUGCAACAAAGGGCGCUACUAGUUCAUGACCUACAGACGUUGUCGGGCGUCGAAUGGUCCUCGUGCUUUGAGCAAGUUCUGUUUCCACUCCUGAACGAGCUGCUACCGGAGAGGGCUGAUGUGGCCCGACUGGAUACAAUGUUACUGGAAGAGUCUCGCAUACGUACAGCAACCAUUAUGUCCAAGGUCUUUUUGCAGCACCUGACCACGCUUAUCGAGCUGGGCAGUGCAUUUGACGAGCUCUGGCUAGAAAUACUUAGUUAUAUUGAGCGCUUUAUGAAGGUUGGAUCAGACACACUAUCGGAGCAAAUGCAGGAGAUACUAAAAAAUAUGUUACUAGUCAUGCACUCAGUACGGGUGUUUCACAACAAAGAUGGCACUUUGCAGCAUGCCCUCUGGGACCUAACAUGGCGCCGCAUUGGAGAAUUUUUGCCGAAUCUAAAGGAGGAGCUAUUUCAUGAUGAAGGCAAAUAUAUGCUGACUUCGACUAAGCAACAGCAUCAAAAACAACAGCCAGAACAACAAAAUACUUUGCCUGCAAUAGUGUCAGUGGUGAAAUCCCCUAUGAGUAGCAUAACAUUGCAACCUUCACAAAUAGAGACGCACCAACAACAUGCGAAGCCAACAGCUAAGAAAGAAGUUAUAGAUGGAACCAUUACCACGAAUGACGGUAACCUCAUCAUUAAUAAAACCUUUCUUCCUGACUUGGUAAACGAAGCAUCCGCCGUUUCGACUCCAGCCAUUUUGCAGGAAACAGUUAUCACCAGCAACAACGCCUACAACUCCUCCACAUUUGCCUUUGAGCUUCCUAUAACAACAAUGCAGUUGAAUCCAACCUCAAUGCAACGGCAAGUGUAUCAGUUACAACACCAAUCAAUACAGUCUAACGAUCCCGUUAGUGUACCAAUAAAUUCCCAAGUACCUGGCAAUACAUAUUCCUUGUUGCCAAAAUCUUCACACGUGGGCAUGAGCGUUGCACCAGUUUUUAAAGAACCCUCAUUUUCUUCCAGCGAGAUUUAUCAAGAAUGUGUACAGAAUCCAUAUAACUUGAAGGUGCCACAAUCUGUCCCAUCUCAGAUGGGAUCUCAGCACCAAACUAAUCUGGUCACCGUCCCUUGUUCUGACGCUGCAGGGUUAGCAAACACUCCUGUUAAUUAUUUCAACACUAACGUAGAUCCCAGCAGCAUACCACCAGGGUCGGAACUGCUUUAUGGGCAGCAUUAAUUCUGCAAUUUUAAUAUGCCUCUUAUUGUGAAAUUUACCGUUAUUUGAAUUUUGUAAUUGCGUAAAAAAUAAAGUAAUUUUGGGAUCUUAUUAGCUCCCUAAUUGAUAAA